AUGAAGUUCGCCACCGUCUUGAGCGCCUUGGGGGCGCUGACUGCGACGGCCGCCGUCAAGGUCAACCCGCUUCCCGCACCCCGCAACAUCUCCUGGGCCUCGUCUGGACCCAUCCAAGUCGAAAAGUUGACCCUGCGGUCUUCUCAUCAUCACCACGACGCCGAUUUCGUCCUCAAAAACGCCUGGGGACGCGCCUGGCAGACCAUCACUACCCUGCAGUGGGUUCCUGCUGCGACGGAAGCCCCUAUUGCAUCAUACCGCCCCUUUCCCACCGAAACACCCAAGUCCAAUAACAAGGACAAGCGCGCUUCCGUGGCCAUCCAGUACGUGGUUGUCGACGUGGUGAAUGGAACUGCCGAUCUCCAGCAUGGAGUGGACGAGUCGUACAAACUCGAGGUGGCCGAUGGUUCCAACAGCAUCAAGAUUCACGCCCAGACGGUGUGGGGCGCGUUGCACGCGUUUACGACGCUGCAGCAGAUAAUCAUCUCGGACGGCAAAGGCGGGUUAAUUAUCGAGCAGCCCGUUCGCAUUGAAGAUGCCCCUCUCUAUCCGUACCGUGGAAUCAUGAUCGACACGGGCCGCAACUUCAUCUCGGUGCGCAAGAUCUUCGAGCAGAUCGACGGCAUGGCCCUGUCCAAGCUCAACGUCCUCCACUGGCACCUGGACGACGCGCAGUCGUGGCCGAUGCAGAUUCGCUCGCACCCGCACAUGACCAAGGAUGCUUUCUCUACCCGCGAGAUUUAUACGGAGGAAGACAUGCGCCGGGUGAUUGCCUAUGCCCGGGCCCGCGGUGUUCGCGUGAUCCCCGAGGUCGAUAUGCCCGGACAUGCCUCGGCGGGCUGGAAGCAGGUGGAUCCGGAGUUGGUGGCAUGUGGUGAUUCCUGGUGGUCCAACGACGUGUGGAAGUAUCACACGGCCGUCGAGCCCAACCCAGGACACCUGGACAUUAUCUACAACAAGACCUACGAUGUUGUGCGCGAUGUGUACCGUGACCUCUCGAAAAUCUUUUCGGACAGCUGGUUCCACGUCGGCGCGGACGAAAUUCAGCCCAACUGCUACAACUACAGCAAACACGUUACCAAGUGGUUCGCUGAAGAUUCUUCGCGCACCUUCAAUGACCUCGCGCAAUACUGGGUGGAUCACGCAGUGCCGAUUUUCCGCCGCACAGGCGACAACCGCCGUCUGAUGAUGUGGGAAGACAUCGCGCUGUCGACCGAGGCGGCGCACAAGGUGCCCAAGGACAUCGUGAUGCAGACCUGGAACAACGGCCUGGAGAACAUCCAGAAACUCACCUCGCGUGGCUAUGACGUGGUGGUAUCGUCGGCCGACUUCUUGUACCUGGACUGCGGCCACGGCGGCUUCCUGACCAACGACCCUCGCUACAACGUCCAGUCCAACCCAGACGGCGGCGUCAACUUCAACUACGGCGGCAACGGCGGCUCAUGGUGCGCCCCAUACAAGACCUGGCAGCGCAUUUACGACUACGACUUCACGGCGAACCUCACCAAAACCCAGGAGCGCCACAUCCUCGGCGCCGAGGCCCCGCUGUGGUCGGAGCAGGUCGACGACGUGACCAUCUCCAGCGAGUUCUGGCCGCGUGCUGCGGCGCUUGGAGAGCGCGUCUGGUCUGGCAACCGUGAUGCCUCGGGCCGCAAGCGCACCAACAUGCUCACCCAGCGUCUGCUGAAUUUCCGGGAGUACCUCGUCGCCAACGGUGUCCAGGCUACCGCUCUGGUGUCCAAGUACUGUCUGCAGCACCCGCACGCAUGCGAUCUCUACUAUAACCAAACUACGAUCUCGUGA